AUGUUGCUGCGACAAUCCACUCGCCUCUCUACGCGGCUGGCAGGUCCAAUCCGGGAUGCAUCCAGCAUUCGGUCAUGGAGCUCCACCGCCUCAAAACUCAGUGAAAAGAAGAGCGCGUACCGGGAAGGGCUUUCGGCAUAUGGUGCCUUUGCGCGCCCCUUUGGCAAGGUCUUCUUGGGCGCUGUCCUCACCUACCAAAUUAUCUAUUGGUCAUGGAUGAAGCUGGAGACCGAUGAUAUUAAACUUCAGAAGAAUGAACAACUAUCAGGCCUAGAGAAAAAGGCCCGGGAGCUGGCGGCGGCCCAGAAAUGA